CGCAGCAAGAGGCAAGUUGGUAGGAAAUCGAGGAGGGGUGGAAGGCGCCGUGAGCCUCCCCGCGUACUGGGAACGUGCGCGUGCACCGGGGUGCACGCGUAAAUGUGGGCGCGCAAAGUGUGAACCACGUGUGCAUCCCUCGGGGCCGUGGAGCGUAUUUGCCACUAAUUCUGAGCGUGCGGGCGAGGUGCGCGCUUAGUUGAUUGGUAUGAAGACCCCCCUCCCCCCAGUCUUUCCGUUACUCUCUGGCACUAGCAAGUCAGUUUAGAGAGAUACUCAGCACAUGAAUAGAAAUGAUUGACUCAGUUAAAAUAAGAAGACAAUGCAGCUUGGAUUUUUAUUCUCACUAUGAAUUUCUCUGUGCUGUACAAGGCUGUGUUCCACUAAAAUUUGUGAAAGCUAAUGUGAAUCAGGGCAUUCUUGAGAUAAACGCAGAUCGCUUAAAGACUGCUGACUGGACACCUCUUGUGAAUGCUAUCAGGCAUAAUAAGACCUUGACUUCUAUAGUAAUAAAAAGCUUUCAUCAACAGGGCCUUGGAGAAACAGGGACUGAAAGAUAUAAAACCUACUUUAGAAGACGAAUUCCAGCAAUUCGAUCAAAAGACCUGACUAGUCAAUUAUGUAAAGCCAUCAGAGGUUGUCUGAACAUAUCAAGUGCUCUAAAAAAUUUGGAACUUGAGGGACUGCUUCUGAGAGAGCGCGAUCUAAUACUUUUAACAAAGGGAUUGGCCAAGACCUCAUCUUUGGAGAGCUUGUCAUUAGCACGUUGCCCAAUUGGCGAUGGAGGACUGGAAACAAUCUGUCAAAGUGUGAAGAACUCAGCCAACAUCAAAUCUAUAAAUUUUACAGGAUGUAAUUUAACCUGGCGGGGAGCAGAACACUUAGCUAAUGUCUUAAAGCAUCAGGCAAUGAAGAGACAUGGUGAAGCUUGGGUUGAAAGCCUGCGCUAUAGGAGACCUGAUCUUGACUGUAUGGCAGGUUUAAGGCGUAUCACUCUUAACUGCAAUACACUUGUUGGUGAUCAAGGGGCUAGAGCUUUUGCAGAAUGUCUUGGAGAGGACUUAUGGCUGAAGGCACUUGACAUGCAGCAGUGUGGAAUUUCCAAUGAUGGGGCAAAGUCAUUGUUAGAUGCUUUUCAAAGUAAUACUACUCUAGUGAUAUUGGAUGUAAGAAAAAACCCAUUAAUUGAUCACACUUUGAUGAAAAAACUUACUGAAAGAGUUCUCAUGAAUGGAAACAGUGCCAGUUCAGAGUACAAGUGGCUGACAUCUCCUUCAAAGGAUGUUUUCAAACCUAAAUCAAAAAAAAGAACUAUUGUCCUAGGAAAUGGUCGGAAAGGAAAAGCUACUAUUCGUAUUGGAUUAUCAUCUAAAAAGCCAAUACAGCCUGGAAAGAGUCCAUCUGAUAAAGAUAGCUAUUCACCAAAACCAUUACCACCAGGUGCAUAUGGUUUCCUACCGUGGCGUACUGCAGAACGUGCAAAGAGGUGCAGGUGAAGUAUUAAGAGUGUGAGGAAGAAAAUACAACAUUCGGAUUGUAUCUUGGAUUAUGUGGAAACUGAAGAAACAGAAGGGGCUUUAGGGGACAGUCUGCAUGAUUCUGGUUUAACAAAAUCCCUAGAUAAAACUAAUGUAAGACAAUAUCAACAAUUACAGAUAGAGUUGAAAGAAUGUCUACUAAAAUUAAAGGAAGAAAGAAGGGCAAGAGUAAAGGCUGAUGAACGGAUAAUGGAGCUGGAAGUUGAAAAUGCCCGGUUAAGGAAUUUAAACGUCUCUCUGUCUGAGGUUCUUCAUGCACAGUCAGUAACCAAUAUGAUUCUGGAAGAUGAAGGUAUUCUGGGCAGCAUUGAGACGUCUUUCCGAAAGUUUCAUGCUUUUUUAGACCUCCUUAAAGAUGCUGGACUUGGGCAACUUGCUACGAUAGCUGGGAUAGACCAAUCUGAUUUUGGUUUGUUGGGCCAUCCCCAAAUGAAUUCUACGGUCAAUAAACCUGCUAUUAUACAGAGAGAGAAAUCAUUUGAAGAAGAAAGACAAGAACACACACAGAGUAACAAAGUUCUUACGAAUAAUACCUGUGCUGUUCCCAGAGAAAUACAAGAAUUUAAGGUCAUUGUUCAACAGCAGCAAGGCUUAUGGGAAGAAACUGAAGCUCAAAUAGAUAAUCAAAGAAAGAAAGAGGAAACAUCCAAAAAUAGCAAGCCAUCAUCCUCUGAGAAGUGUGUCACAUUAAGUGAACAGACAAAAGGGCAUUCCUUGAAGCAAUCAGCUACUAGUAGUCAGCAUUUAUUCUCUGAUUCCAAUGUCAUUCUGAAAAGUAGGGGUAGCAGAAAAAUCAGUGCCACUUCUAGUGAAGAAAGCCAAAACCAUUCCUCAAAAAAACACAUCUACAGAACAAAUGAAACUGGAAUUGCAAAUGUUACAGCCCAAGAAAAUCAGCCAGCAGACCCAUCUGGAAAUGAUGCAGAGGGAUUUGAUUCUGAUAUACAAGAAAGUAUCCAUACCAUGAAUAGCAUUUGAAAUGAAUAUAGAAAGAAAAUUGAGAUUGUUUUUCCGCAUGUAUAGAGAAAUGUAUGGUUUCAAAACUUUGUAAAACUUUCCACACUCUUUACUGUUUCUAUUUCAUGUAAACAGUCUUUUCUCAUUACAUGAUUUCUAGCAAAACCAAAUGAUACGUCAUCAGACUAGUACCCUUUACUGUUCUGAGUUUAGAAAGACUCUCAUAUGGUGUGUGUGUGUGGGUAUGCAUGUUUAAUUUGCUGUGCAGUAAAAUGAAUAUAGAUUUAUUAAAUAAUAAAGUUUUGAGCAAAUAAAAUUAAUGAGAGUACUAAUUAUGACCUGUGUUCUGUCUAAACUGCAUGGCAGCACAGCUUCACAGGUGAUUAACCAGCCCUGCCCAGUCAAUCAGCUCUGUGUAUAGAGCCCUGAGCCUCCUGACAGGGCAGGACUGAUUAAUCAUCUGUGAAACUGUGCUACCCUGCAGCUUAGAGGGAACACUGAUUAUGACUUUUAUUUUCCUUUCAGUUGACCAUAUUUUAAAUCCUAAUUUAGUUGUAAGUACAUGCCACAUUGUCUUAGGCACCAGUGGAUAUGUCCUUACUUCAUUGUUUAUGCAUAGCUUCCAUUGUUACUGAGAGAACCAGGGUGAGUCUAAAUCCUUGCUGGUCAAUAUUGUGUAUUAGAAUAUGGUCUUGUUUUAUUGUUACACAUGCAAUAAUGGUUUUGUAUAUCUUGUCUUUGACAUCAAUUGAAAUUACAGUCUUUUUAUUUCAAUAAUUUGUUUUCAUCUUUUUAUUAUAGAGCAGUGGCUUCCAACCUUUUCAAGGAUAUGGACCCCUUUUCAAUCUAUUAACAUUUUAUGGACCCCUCUCCCCCAAAAACAAUAUAGCUGGAUUUGUAGCUUCCACAUCCCUCAGCCCACUGGGGAAGCAGUGUGGGCUGAAGGACAUGCUGGCUGCUGGCACAGAGCCUGAGCUGAGAGGCUCUGUGCCAGCGGCCAGCAAGUCCCUCAGCUCAUGCAGCUUCCUGAGCUGCAGGAAGCAACACAGGUUGAAAGAUGUGCUUGACUGUGAGAGGCUCCUCAUGGACCCCAUACAGACCACAGGCUGGGAACUACUGUUCUAGAGAAUAUAAGUAAUAACUUACUGACUCACUUGCAUAUGUCAAGCAUUUUUAUUGUUUUCAUAUACAGGCAGUCCCCGACUUACGCAGAUCCGACUUAUGUCGGAUCCGCAGUUAGGAACGGGGCUC